AUGGCAGUUAUUCUUCUCGUGAACAUGAUGAUUGCGUUGCUCUCCAACACCUAUCAGCAGGUUCAGGUACUAAACAGUCUCUCUGCCUUCGCUGAUGUAUAUUAAUUCUGUUCAUAAUCCAGAGUUAAGAAAAUAUGAGAAGUUCUCGACUGUAAACUCGGUAGGACUUUUUUGGCGUAAGAUAUCAAAUACAUUUUUCGCAAAGUUCAAAAGAUUCUAUGAUCAUUUAUAAUUGUACUUUUGGCCGACUGAUGCUUUAGACGAAAAUGAUGGCGAAUAUUGUCCCUUUGGUAUGAUAUGUCAAAAUAUUCUUCCGCUAUAGGAGUGUCGCCUGUUAUCUUUAUUAACUGGUACUUCCUUAGAAGCUGUUAAGUCCCUCUCAUUCUUCUAUUAUCAGGAUAACUCACUGCAGGAGUGGUCUUUCAAGAGAGCCAUUACUGUAAGAACCUACAGCACCUAUCAUCCGAUACCAGUGCCCUUGAACCUUUUGUCUGUCCCCCUGAUGGUACUCUGGAACCUAUGUUGGCGCGACACCCCUGCUUCGCUCGAGGGCGGACGGGUAAGCUGAUAACACCUUGCCAAUUUUGUGAGUUUUCACAAGCUGCUGUUGUUUAAAGUUAUCGUUCACGUCUGCUCAGUGAUUUUACUUCACUUUCGAUGUGGCCUUCUUUGAUUCGACAGAGAGUAGCUCUGAAUAAAGUGGUGAAGAAACUAGAAAGGAUGUACUUCGAGAAAUAUGGUUAUGAAUUUCCCCUAACAGGUGGGUGAUAUGUUAGAUUAGUAGAUAGCCCCAGAAAUCUAUGAUAUGGUCUCACAAAAGUAUAUGGCGCAAAGUUAGUUAUUAGUUAUUAUCAAAGCAAUAGUUCUAGAGAAGUUUAAACCAUGACGGACAAGAAAUAAAAAAUCACAAAUUAAGAAUUCCAGUAAUGAUAAUCUAUUUAUAACGAGGCGUAUCGUAAUGAUUUUGCUGACUAGAUUCGGAAGAAGCCAAUUUAAUAUUUGGUUCCUCGCUUUGUUUUAGAGGGGAAAAAGAUAGAUCACUUGGUACAUGAAAACGAGGGAGGUCGAAAAUUGGCCAAUCAGAUAGUUCGACAAGUAUUCCAACCGCGUGGAAACAAGGAGAAGAAACUUGCGUCUGGCCACAGAGUGAGUGUUUUUGAGGCACACAUUCACAUGUUAAUUAAACAGGAAGUUUCCAUACCAUAUACUAUGAAUUCUGCUCCAUCAGCAUACACUUUUUUAACCAUUUUAAUUUGCAUUUUAACCUUUUCCCUCGAACACAAAUUUAAAUGUACGAUUGAGAAAACCUUUCAAGAAACGUUGUGGUGUAGUUUCCAUGUUCCUUUGAAAAAAAAACCGAACUUGUUUUGUAGUGACAUAGAAAAGCUGAUCUCAAAUGCUGCUCCGGGAAGUACAAAAAAGUCAACAAAAUUUGCUCUCAACGCGUGAUACGAAAAUUAAUGGGAGGGUUAUAGCUUGAAUAAAGCCCCUUCUGGCUUGCUGGUAUGUCGGCUGACAAUGUCCACGGUCGAGAGAUUGUCUUUAAGUUUUCAAAUUUCUCCUUGAAGCUUUGGUUCUUGGCCAAAUGUUCAUUCUUGGACAAUGUCUCAGCCGCAGACAUUUUCAGGUGACAUACCAGCCGCCUGAAGGGGUCCCUCGUGUUACUGAAGUUUUGUUCGAUUGUCAUUUAAAGGCGUGGUAUGAUUCGCCGGGAAUUGCUGUCGAUGGCUGUCUCCUAACUUACGUGGGACCUAAUUCCUGCAACAUAUGCAAAAGUGGAAAUCGUAAGAACAUUCACAGUGCCAAGUUCAAGUCUCCCUUUACACCAGAGACACCAAGAUUUGAGGUGUGCUUUUGAUUUAUAGAAAAUUAUUUGCGAGCAAAAAAUUUAAUUCAUAUACUUCCUGCUUCAUGAUAGAUUCUCUGAAGAUGCAACAUAAUUACAUCGCCUUUUUACCCUCUUCCCUUAAAUAACCUCCCUCUUGUAGGCGCUGGUAUUCUUUUCUAUUUUGUAGCUCUACAGAUACUAAUUCUUCUAAGAAUGAACUUAACGGUGCCUCCAUAAUAGAAAGACCAGACCGGUUCCUGAAAAACAUCUUUAUGUUCCUCUUGUGGUAUCCUAUUUUCACCUUUGCUUUCAUGGUAACGUGUCAACAUGGAUCUCGUUUGGGCACCUAACCCUGUAACACCUAAGAGCGACUAUGAUGCCAAUGUCUCCACACUUUAUUAUCCCUGAGUCGAACAUUAGGGUCACUUGGAUAAAGUAAAUGAUCACCAACCGAGAAAGCUCUUCAUUGUUUAAAUAAUUCUUCCUUGUCGGCACAAUUGUAUAGGGAACAGCAUGGAAAAUAUUCAUAAUUAUGUUAGGGUAUGAAAGAUUAAGUCAAGUUAUACGAACUUUGAUGGCCACCUUUGAAUAGUGCGAUGGUGCUAUCAUUCAGCCGAAAUUCCUUUUUGGAUUAAUCGUUUACAUUUAUAUUACUAUUAUUAUUAUUAUUUAUAUUAGUGCUAUUGCUUUGUAAUCAUCAUCAUUAUUGCAGUUGUUAUCAUAGCUGCUUUUGUUAAUUGUUUCGGAUGUUGAUUGUUUAUAUUGUGGCUAACACCGUCUUUAUCAUCAUUAUUAUUUUUUUGGUCUAAGUAACUAGUAUUCCCUCGGUCUCAUGAGCAAAAAAACUCAUUUGCAUACUGAAACAAAAAUUAAAAGCAUGGAACUUACGGCGACCGUAACAACAGAGUCUAAAAAACGAAAGUCCGUCAUUGUUUUGCAGGUACUUAUUCAGGAGACUGGGGAGAGGCGUAUUGUGGCACUGGGUGCUGUGCAUGAGUUGUACGACUGUCACAAAAUGCCUGGCUGGUAUAGUGGAACAGUCGGUUACCAUAUAGACGAUGGCAAAAUAUUUGAAACUGGCUUCCAUGAGCUGGGAAGAGAAGUCGAAGGUAUGGGUUACUCUGACGAUAGGUGUACGAUAUCUGCCACAAGGAUCUGUUGGCGCUUGGAAACAUAAUCAAAGUCUUACCGUCCUUCUGAGGGCGACCUUGCGACAGUAGGUUUCUGUUUUCCAAAAGAAAAGAUUCAGAAAUUUUCGUUUGUGAACGUUAUAGGGAUCACUUUAAAAUCGUUAUAGACUCCUCGAGAUGAUUAUUCUGACGUGCAUGAGAUAAAUGGGAAAUGUAUUGUAGCUGUGUGAUCAAUAGAAUGUUGAACGUAGUUACUGUAAAAUCCAUGUGCCUAGAGUGUGAAACUGAAAAAACCCUGAAUCCUUCGAUCGUGGAGGGUUCCAACCCUCGCCUUCUGCUUGCCGAUCAAAUGGUCUACAGAGAACUCAUUUAAGGCCAAAGAAAAACAAGAUUCAUAUCAACAAAUGCUUGACGCUACUAGGAUCAUUUAUAUCGUCAACACUCCUUGUAUAAAUACAGUGAGGGAGAUUAAACUUUGUCUUCGAAUGAACGAAGAGGUAAGUAAUUGAUCAAGACCGAACAACAAGGGAAAAAAGUCCAAUUUCACAUCCUGGUAUUACACGGUUGGUUGCCUCAUGUUUAGCUUAUUUUGUUAUCUUUUUGCUAUUUACUUAAUGUUUUCUGUUGAUAACUUAGGAGCCAUGGCUUACCGCGGUGAUCUCAUCGCUUGUGAAAUUGAUUUUAGUGGAGUCCCCGAGGGGAAAGUCUCUGUGUUGUUCUCCUUGAACGGUAGAGAAGUAGCGCGUUCUUCAGUGGAGUAUACUGAGGGAAAUAAACUAUUUCCCUUCGUUUCAUUGGGAUUUGAAGGCAUUACAGUGCUCACCAAGGUAUGUUCGAAAGAGGGAGGGGGGAGCGGGGAGGGUAAUGGGCUAGAAAUUGAAUCUAUAAAUGGUUUGGUUUCAUCAGUAAUCUGCCAACAUAUCAUACCUCGGCACACUCCUCCAGCUACAAUUAAUCGAGAGGUUGUUCCUGUGACCAAAUUGAAAGAAUGUGGAGAGGGAGCUCUCUCUACGGCAGCUGUCAGGCUCUAGAAUCAAAGGAAGAACUUUGUCGUAUCCAGUGUUAAAAAUACCACAAAACAUUUUGCUCAAGUCUGUGUGAUUUUAAUAUUUGCGAACAUUUACAACUUUCUACCAAAAUUCAGUGCCCUGAUUGCUCUUAAUUAAGGUACGAACAAGGAAAUAGCGUGUCGAUCUAAUUUUUAAAAUUCUAUAUCAGGCAUAUCUGUAUUCCAUAAUUGUGGACAUUAGAGUUUAUACUUCACACCUGUGAUCAUGGCUGCCCUAAAUUUUCGUACUUUUCUUUUUCAAAGUUGAGACGUUUGAUUUCCACACGUUUUAGAUGUGCCAUCGUGACAGAGACCGUUUUAGUAGAGUAACAAACGAAGACAUUCAGAAGGAAAUUGGAGAUCUGCGACGUGAUUUUCAGAAUCAACUUACCGAGCAAAGGAGGAUGUUGUCAGAAAUGAGAAAUUUAGUACUGCGUUUGAAGGAAGUAAAGGAUAAAGAUGAACAAGAAGAAGAUACUAAGAAACUGGCGGGUGACUUAAGUUAA